AUUACGUCACGAACGCAUCCAUCGUCAUCGGAAGCUGUUUCGACACCAAAAGUCUGACACCGCGGUCUGUUACAGACUAUAGAAAUUAGCAAUAUUUUCGCAAAUUAUCAUAACGUCUUUCAGUGGAAAAGAUUAAUUUAAGUGGUUUUAAUGAAAUAAAUUUUAUUUAUUAUGGGUACUAAAAAAUUUAACAAGACUUCUGUAUGCAUCGGGAACAACUCUCUUUACGUCUGUAAUUACGUCGUUCAUAAAUAAUGAGACUCGACAUGCCAAUCGUAGAUGCUUCUAUAAAAAAUGUGUAAUAUUUGGCCACACAGGACGUUAAAAGUUUAGUGUGGUGUUUAAUGAUCGCGUGCAGCAUGUCAGCAGAAGGGAGGGUGUGGAUGUGUCUGGUGCUGGCCUUGGCAGCUCUGUGGAGUCGCGCGGCCGCCGGCGGAUGUGGCGUGGCGGAGUUCACGUGCCGUAGUGGAGCUUGCGUACGCCUCGACGCUUACUGCGACGGCGAAACGCAAUGUCCUGAUGGGAGUGAUGAACCGCCACACUGCUCGGUUUGCAAUCGGACGUAUUACGGACGGAUCGGCGUAGCUUAUGGACUGGGACUGCGUGGAGCGCCGAGAUCUCCUUUUCUGUGUCAUCUCACGUUUACCGCUGGCGGAGGAUCCCACGGAGAUCUCGUUCAACUGGCUUUCGACGAGUUCCGUGUGGGUCGCUAUGAAUCGGGCGCCUUGGACGGGUGUCCUGAUGGCUACAUGCAGUUAUCGGAACUGGGUCGUCCUUUCACUGGUGGCUCGUGGUGUGGUUCCGCAGAAGGUGUCGCUCUUUAUUACAGUGAAACCGCAACAGUUACCGUAUCAGUGAAGUUGUUUCGAGCUCGUCUUGGAGAACCUUUUGGUUUCAGACUAAGGUACAAGUUCCUUGCACAGCGUGAUGCUAUCGUAAGAUUUGGAGCAUUGGAAGCACCUUUGGAACGAGGGUCCGUGUCGCCUGGAACUUACUGUACGAGAACUUAUGAGGAAUGUCACCGAAAAGCCUGUCGCCUCCAGAGCCCCAACUACCCCGGCAUGUACCCGAGAAAUGUAACUUGUUACUGGAGUCUGCGUCAGAAGGACAUCCCGACAUGCAAGCAUGCUAUGAUAUCAGUUCGCCAGCUAUAUUCGCAUAAAAUGCAAAUAAAACGUUCAAUUUCGAUGGCCAGUUUAAACAAGACGGGUCGUGCGGUGCGCGCGUGGCGCGAGUGUACGGGAGAGCGAGAUCGCCUCAUUUUCUAUGACGGAGCGUCUACGGACGACCCCGUGCUGGUGGAGUAUUGCGGCGGGGACUGGCUGCCUCCGGUCACUUCCCGGGGACCAGAGAUGCUGGUUGCUUUCCACUCGUCCCCAUUUAGCGCCCCUCCGCGGGCACCCACGCCACACGCACCACUCAGAGGAUUUGAACUUGAUGUAGACGUCAUUUUCGCAGAUUCUGAUUCUCUAGAUUAUUCAAGGGAAGCAAAACGUUGUGAAUUUCAUGUUAAGGCUUCUUCGUCGGAGGAGGAAUUUAAUGCCACCACGGUAAAUGUGAGAGGUCGCCGGGGACGUUUGCAUGCACCGACUCACACGCUUCCACCCAAUACUACAUGCACUUGGACAUUUCAUGGUCGUCCUGGUGAUCUGGUCUGGAUCUAUUUUUCGAGUUUUACACAUUAUUCUCUCGUGGAAGGACGACGGACGGAGAGUAACGAACGUGAAGAUGACGCUGCAGUCACAGUAACUUCACGACAUUUAUCGGAGUAUUCCCGUUCUGCUGGAGGGAGCGGCGUUUGCGCCGUGGAGCUUCGAAUUUGGGACGGUGGUGGUGUAGACGAGGCUGCUGAUCUUCUGGGUCACUACUGUGACUCUACACCCUCUCUCUGCGCUCGAGCCGCUCUCGCCAACGCCACGCGAUCUCCUCGACCAUGCGCACCUCCAGAUGGCUACGUAUCUGCGGCUGCACUAAUGUCUCUCGCAGCUACAUCACUUCCUGGUACCGCUACUCAUCCCUUGGCAUUCGUGAUGCACUAUGAAUUUGUUGAUGCUCGGUUAGAAGGUGUCCUGUUACCGAUCUCGGAAACGCGUGUCCCAGUCGAGCCAGCGGAGUGUGCGAGGAGACUUACAGUACCUGGGGUAUUUUCAUCUCCUCGUAACGCAUUGUGGUUCGGGCGUGGAGGUGCAAAAAGACUUCGCUGUGUAUAUAGAUUACAAGUUGAAAGAGCUAGUAUUGAAUUACGUCUUUUAGCAGCAGCUUUUGGACGAGAGCCUAAAUGUUCUACAAGAAUAGAUCCCUUAACGGGACGUUCGGCAUGCAUUCCUGAUCCUAUUGACCCUCUUGAUCUAAGACCUAGUGAUGCCCCCGUUGAUUUCGAUUAUGAUGAAAAUCCAUUACGCGUACCACAUUUACGGAUAUACGAGUCACCUUGGCCAGGAUAUAGAGUACCUGUAGGAUGUAUAUGUGAUAAUAGCAGUACACCUUUGAUUAUAUCGAGCGGUGGCCCUUCAAUGGAAUUAGAACUGGUGGCCAGCACCUUGGCAGCGAACGAGGAUCACCGCCACGUACACUUCCAAGGAGAGUGGGCCCGCGGCCCGGCCACCUCUGAGUGUGCUAUAAGUCGCCGUCUGCCACCACCCGGGGCAUCGGUGCGCCUUUUGCACCCAUACAACGGGAAUAAGAUGUCAGAAUGUGGAGAAACGCCUUUUCUGUUAGUGGCUCGAGGUAAUCGCUCAGUAUUUCUUCGAAUCUGGGGCGAAGAAUUGCCUGCUUCAGCUCCUACCUCCGAGGCACCAUUAUGUCACACAACAAAUCGUGUUUUGGUUUACGAGUCUCAUUCAUCAAGAUUACUAAAAGCAGUCUGUCCUGGUGGCGAUGACUCACGAACAGUCCAAGUGUUCACCGAGGAAUGGUGGGCCAGAAGCAUCGGUCGUGAAGCCGCACUUAUGGUGGUGUGGUCCGCAAGAGAGGCGGGAUCCGCGCGAUUCACGUGGAUGGAGGUCUGGCGGCCGGCAGGAGCGACUCCGGGAGCUGUUAGUGGAAACAUUUCUUCGUGCGCUCACGAAUGUGUGUCUCUGAGCGCUUGUAUGGCGGGCGCGCUGUGGUGCGACGGUUCAGUGGAUUGCCCAGGCGGCAGUGAUGAGGCCGGCGCUUGCGGGGCGGGAGCACGACUUUUGGCAGCAUUGGGUGCACCUGCGGCUGCCGGAGCAGCAGGCGCUUGCGGCGUAGCUGCGGCACUAGUGCUACUUGCCGCUUUAGCACUGCGCCGGCGCCGCUCUCGACGAGACAAACGCUUACUUGGUGCUCUGGCGGCCGGCCGCCGAUUCACCGAAGAGCUUCUGUACGAUGGAUCACGUACGUCUUCAGUGACGUCAUCUUGACGUCGCGAGCGCUCCGUCGAAUAUAUCCACGUGGACCGCGAGACCACGGUGUGACGGAGCGCGGAGGAGGACAGGCCCACGGUGCGGCUGAGUGGCGAUGAUGGACGCUCGUGAUAUAGUCGAAUUUAUUAGUGCCCAUAUUUCAGAAUACGGCCAAUAAGAACAAAAUUUUUGUGUUCGUAAAACCUCAUGGUGUACGCGCUCGAGAUUGCCAAUUUGUAAAAGUCACUGCCGACGAAGUUACCUUAGUGUAUUCGAAUACUUAAAGCGCUGGCGAUCCUUUUUCGUACUUUUGAGUUUUCUUUACAGAUACGAUGAUAUUGGGACUGUUUAGGUAAAUACGGUGUAAAUAAGUGUACAGUUAUAUAACGUCGAGAGACUGGAUGAGUCUGUAACGUUCUUCUUGUGUCGUUGUGGCAGCAGGUUUGGUGCUGGAACUUAUUUUUUUUGUUGAGUGUUCUUUAAAUUAUUUUGAUGUGUAUAUUUUAUCAUAUUUUCGAUAAUCUGUCCCGUCCCUCAAUUUUACUUAAUUUGUGGAUCGCUAAUAUUAUAUUAACAAAUAGUAAAAGGUCUAUACAA